AAUAAUAAAAAGCCCCCCAAAGCUUUCUCCCCCACAAAAGCAGGAUCUCCUCAGAGCCAGGGGGGCAGCAGCUGCUCAGCACAGAGCCCGAGCCCAUUCCCGGUCCCUCUGCUGGGGAGGAAACUCUGAUCUGUCAGCCCAGCAGAGGGAAAGGGGGGAGAGGCGAGAGAGGAGAAAAAAAAAGCAGCUGGAAAGCGCCUAGGAGCCCUGUUCAUGGACCAGGACCCCACUGUGCUAGGCGCUGCACAAACACAGAACAGAAAGAUGGUCCCUGUCCCAAAAAGCUUCCAGUCUAACUAUGACAAGAGACAACAGAUGGAUACAGACAGACUGGGAAGUACAAGGAAACAAUAGAUCUCCAAUCCAUUCUGAUGGGAUAUAUUCUGACAAUCUGCUUCAUCUGACUCGUCAUCAUUCCAGGAUAGUGGUCUGCUUGGGGCUCUUUCCUAACAUUGAUAUGGUACAGAAGAUUUAAAAUCAGCUGAUGUUCACAAGGAAUAGAGUCACGUGAUGUAUGAAGGCAAACACAUACACUUCUCUGAGGUUGACAAUAAGCCCUUGUGCUCAUAUAGCCCCAAACUGUGCAAGCAAAGGCGACUUAACGGCUACGCCUUCUGUAUCAGACACGUUCUGGAGGACAAGACUGCCCCCUUCAAGCAAUGUGAAUAUGUGGCCAAGUAUAACAGCCAACGCUGCACCAACCCUAUCCCCAAAUCUGAGGACCGUAGGUACUGCAACAGCCACCUACAGGUACUUGGCUUUAUACCUAAAAAGGAGAGGAAGAAAAAGAAUGAUCCAAUAGAGGAGGUGAAGGUCAGGCACCAGAUGGAUGCUAUGGCCUUCAGUCUGACAGUGCCCACGCUGGCCUUGAAGAUGUCCAAUGGACUGGAUGGGAUGUCCCUCUCUCCACCCGGGGCUAGGCUUCCUCUCCACUACCUGGAAGCAGAGUUAGAAGAUCCCUUUGCUUUCAAUGAGGAGGAUGACGACUUAAAGAAAGGGGCAACGGUGAGGAAAAAGUUGCAGAGCAAGUUGGCCCAAAACCGGCAGCGCCAGAGAGAAACAGAGAUUUUAAAAGUUCACCAAGAGCACUUUAGCCCCCUUCCUGCACCUUUGCAGCAGCAGCCACUGCAGCAGCAGCAGCAGCAGCACUCCCAUCUGCCACCUUUAUCAACUUCUUUAAAGCCUACAGGGCUAUCGCAGGGCUUAGUCUGCAAGUCACCUCAACCUCAGAACACCAGCCUACCAAUGCAGGGAGUGGCACCCACCACACACACUAUAGCACAAGCAAGGCAGAUGUCUAACAAGAGACCCCUGCCUCUCCUGCCACCCACCAGGGCUCCUGUCAUGGACCCACCAAGGACUGAUCGGGUCCUCAUGAAAGCCACAGCCUUUUCUCCACACUCAUCCUGCAUGAGCCGGCUACAGAGACUGGUGAAACUGUGCACUCGAAAACAGCAGCUGGAAACUGAUCUGUUUCCACAUUUAGGGCUGGACUGGUCUGAAGACAGUGGAGAAGAGUUGGAGGAUUCAGAGCAAACUUCACCAUACCAGGUUGCAUGGUCUAUUCGGGAAACUCUCAGAUAUGAAAGACAUGAGUCAGAUGAUGAUGAUGAUUCAGAUAGCAGGAGUUCCAGGGUGACCCAGCUUUGCACUUACUUUCAGCAGAAAUAUAAGCACCUCUGCCGCCUGGAGCGGGCAGAAUCUCGUCAGAAGAAAUGCCGGCAUACGCUCCGGAAAGCUUUGCUGCAUGCGGCCAGCAGAGAGCCGGAAUGUGCUGGACAACUGAUACAGGAACUCCAAAGAGCUACAUGCACUUGGACCAGCACAAGCCAAGCCAAGCAGAGAGAUGCAGAACCAACAACAUGUAGUGGAACUGUGAAGGGUGAACAGUGCACUAACAAGGCCCUUCCAUUCACCAGGCAUUGUUUUCAACAUAUCCUAUUGAACCGUUCUCAGCAGCUCUUCUCAAGUUGCACAGCCAAGUUUGCAGAUGGGCAGCAGUGCUCAGUGCCAGUUUUUGACAUUACACAUCAGACACCUCUGUGUGAAGAACAUGCCAAAAAAAUGGAUAAUUUCUUGAGAGGGGACAGCUCCCGUAAAGUUCAGCACCAGCAGCAGAGGAAACCCAGGAAAAAAACGAAGCCACCUGCACUUACCAAAAAACACAAGAAGAAGAGAAGGAGGGGACCACGUAGGCCCCAGAAACCUAUUCCUCCUGCAGUGCCCCAAGGGAACCUCAGCAUGCCCACCAGCAUCUCACUGCCAGUGGAGAUCUCCCACAUACGGAGCCCCUCCACGCCGGAGUUGAGUACAGAUGAGCUGCCCGAUGACAUCGCCAAUGAAAUCACAGACAUUCCACAUGACUUGGAAUUGAAUCAGGAGGACUUUUCUGAUGUCCUACCACGGCUGCCUGAUGACUUGCAAGAUUUUGAUUUCUUUGAAGGUAAAAAUGGAGACCUCCUUCCUACUACAGAAGAGGCAGAAGAACUGGAACGGGCUCUGCAGGCUGUAACUUCUCUUGAGUGCCUGAGUACCAUUGGAGUACUUACACAGACAGACGGUGUGCCAGUUCAGGAGCUAUCAGAUAGAGGGAUAGGGGUGUUCACCACAGGUGCUGGAGCUCCAGGAAUGCAGUCCUUGAGCAGAGAGGUUAACACGGACCUGGGGGAGCUGUUGAAUGGGCGUAUAGUACAUGAUAAUUUCUCCAGUCUGGAGCUGGAUGAGAACUUGCUCCGUUCUGCUACCUUGUCUAACCCACCUACGCCCCUGGCAGGGCAGAUCCAGGGGCAAUUCUCUGCCCCAGCCAACGUUGGCCUUACUUCUGCCACUCUGAUAAGCCAGAGUGGACUUGGGGAGAGAGCCUUCCCAGGACAGUUUCAUGGACUUCAUGAUGGCAGCCAUGCCUCCCAGAGGCCACACUCUGCCCAGCUGCUGAGCAAGGCAGAUGACCUAAUCACCUCACGACAGCAAUACAGCAGUGACCAUUCGCACUCCUCACCCCAUGGAAGCCAUUACGAUAGUGAGCAUGUGCCGUCUCCCUACAGCGACCACAUCACAUCCCCCCAUGCCACAUCCUAUUCUGGUGAUAACUUGGCAGCUACCUUCUCAGCAGAGAUGCCCAUUAUGGCACAGCACUUGCUCCCACCGCAGCUGGAGGUGCCACUUAGCGGGGUGGUGAACCCCAGAACUCACUGGGGAAAUCUCCCUGUCAAUCUUGGUGACCCCUCUCCGUUUAGCAACCUCCUUGGUGCCGAUGGACACCUUCUUUCCACCUCCCUGUCCACACCACCUACCACCUCGCACUCAGAGACCACACAGCCUGCCUUCGCCACUGUGACCCCCAACAGCUCCAGUGUGCUUCCGGGGUUACCGCAGACCAGUUUUAGUGGCAUGGGUCCUGCCUCUGCUGAACUAAUGGCCUCCACUUCCCCCAAACAGCAACUCCCUCAGUUCAGCGCAGCCUUUGGCCAUCAGCUGAGCUCACACAGUGGCAUUCCUAAGGACCUGCAGCCCAGCCACAGCUCCAUAGCUCCUCCCACAGGCUUCACAGUAACAGGUGCCACAGCUACUAGUACCAAUAAUGCAUCUGCUCCCUUCACCACCUCUAACUGAGCUGAUCUGUCUGUAUUUGCAGGCAGAUGGGGACCCUAUGUUUUCUAUCUUCUUUUUCCUCUUUAUUGUCCUCCCCUUCCUUUGAAGAGGAUUUUGUUCUCUUUUGUUUUUUAAAAGAGGGGGUUAAAUAAACCUCCUGCUUCCGUAUAGACCAGGUGGCCCCUCAGUGAACCUCGCUCUGGUGUUCACAUGUGCUGUUUGUGCACUGGUGCUCAUUUAUUACUGGCAGGUUCACCAUACCCCAAAAAUGUCCUUAAGGAUACAGCACAGUUACUGGAUGUAAUUGACCUUAGCAGUAAGACCUAGAAAUGGGACGAUACCUCAAAUUACCAAUGCACGUUACUGUUUCCUAGGGUUAAGAUCAGUGCUUUCCAUCCCAUUAGCAUGUCAUGUAGGAAGUUUUUAUAGCGGGGAAAAGUCUCUUGGUUUUAAAAAAAGAAAAAAGGUAGCAUCUGGGCAUGGAAACUUGGCUCCACAAUCGGGUUUGGUAAUGGUUCACCGAAGCACUCAAGACCAUAGUUCAAUUAUUCAUUUGACAACUCCUUAAAAAUAGUCUUUUGACCUCCUCUGUGGGCGUGUGUGUGUUUGAGGAAGCAGCAGUUCCUUGUAAUCUGCUGCUGAGACAACAGUAGUUGUGUCCUCUUCUGAAAUUGGUCACUGUUCCUACUGAAUGUUGAUUUAUUUUCUUUAUUUUAGAUUCAUUGAGCAGAGAGGGGAUUGACUGACUAGGCAAAUAGGUUUUACCUGUUUGCCCAGGGCACUGAGGGUUGUUGCUGUUUCAAAGGUUAGCCCAGGGAGAAAAGACAAGAAAAUGGAAUUGGAUUGGAAUAAUGGUCUAGUCAAGACUCAUGCAGAAAUUCCCACCAGUGCUGAAUUACUGUGAUGUUGUAGUGUUUGAUGAUUUGCCUUCUCAAAUGUGGCUUUGUCCAGAACUUUGCACAGCAGGUGUUUCCUAGCUGAAACUGGAAGAAUUCUAUUGGUAUGUAUCCGAAUGCUACCCAUUCAAACAAAUCUAUGUCAGGCCCCUUUGGUAAAUUUAAAAUUACUAAACUUCUCAAACUAUCUGUUGCUGUUGAGACUCUUUCUAUAAUAAUAGUGAUUUUGUACCAGGAGCCAUAUGGUUUUUGAGACACUUGUGAGACUGAUGCUCUGUACGUGAAGUUGAAUGUAUGUGGGAACCAGCGGGUACAUAUUUGUGGUUACCAAAACUAAGCUUACUUAAGCAAAAUAGGGAAAUUCCUUCUAUCCACAAUACCUUGUUGCUUUUAUUGCCUGUUUGCUGAAAAUGGUUUUAAGUCUCCAUGGUCAUAAUGUCAGCUUCUUAUAAAGGCAGUGGAUUCCUCUUGUAUCUGUUUCUUCCCUAAAGAAGAAUUACAUGAUUCAAACAAACUCUUUGUGAUUCUGUUAUCUCCCUCUUCUCCCUUCCCUCUCUGUCCCAAAAAAGGGAAUGUGCUUGAGGAAAAUUGUGACUUUAUAACUAGCCACUGUGUGAAAGUAAUUCCUACCUGAUCGCUAUCAAAAGUCUCCAUUGUUUGGUUUGCUUCUGAGCUGCAUGUGAGAGAAGAUGAGAAAGCAAAGCAAAUCUGUCUCUCCUCAUGUUGAAGGCAGUUUCAUUAUGAGGCUUAAUAAUUUCUUUGAGCAAGGGAUUAUUCAACUGAGUUCAGUUAUUCCCUAGUAUGUGGAGAGUAAUAUAUCUUCCCUCAAUAUAUAUAUUCUGUUCAUGCGAGUGAUGAUGGGGCCCAAACCCUCUGCUCCCAGACUUCCUGAGGGUAGGGGUUGAGAUCUGGAUCCAAACUUCCUGUGUGCAGCCCAUCUCGUGUUUAUAUCCCACUAGUUAUAGCCAUUCCUGUCUUUAUAAAAGCUUUGUCCCUUUUUAAUUGUAAAGAAAUAAGCCCUUUGGGUACAUCCCUUGCUGAAAUUGCAAGCAUAUGUGGGUGGAGGGGGAAACAUUUAUUUUCAGGUUUUUGAUAUUGGGAAAUCCUUAUUCCCAUACCUGGUAAAGUGGGGCUUAAUAUUCUAAUAUAUCUCAGUGUUCUCAAGUGUGGUCUCAGUUUGUCUGUAACUGAUUUAAAUGUUUUCAAAUCAUGUCAUAAGUUGAAAUGAGGCUUAACAAAACCCCACUAUAUUGUCCCACUGAUUGAGGAAUGCCCAUUGAUAUUGUGAAGUGAGGAAAAGCUGAUAGGAUUUUUUUUUUUUUUAAUUCUGUUCUCUCCCCUCCCCGCGUGCUUGUGAGGAGACAAAUGUUUGAUUUGCAUUGUUUUCCAUUGUGUUAAUAUACUUUCUUUAGUGUAUUGAGAUGAUUGAUUUGAAAAAGAAGGGUGAACUAGUUUGCCAAAUGGGUAAAUGAUCAGUUGUUAAAUCUACCAGUAUUAAAUGUCAUGUGACAGUAAGUUCUACAGAUGAGUUUGAGGAUUUUGAUUUAUGAAAUAUUUCUGACGCUCGUCAAAAUUUGUAAUGGAACAGCAGCCUGUUCUCUUCUUCCCACACAUUCAUUACUUUCCUUUACCUACCAGUCGAGAAAAUGCUUGGGCCCAAUUUCUGAUCUCAGUUACAUCUGUGUAAAUCAUGGAGUAAUUCUCUUAGCCAGAUGAGUUACUAUGGAUUUACACCAGUGUAACUCAGAACAGAAUCUGGCUCUUAAUCUAAUCAUUUAUUUAGGCUGGGAUUUUCCAGGAUGCCCAAGAGAAUGUAGGUGCAUAAUUCCUAUUUGAAAUCAGAUUCCCAUAAGACAACUUCGGAAGUCUCACCCUUUAGAUCUCAGCUUUAUGGAUCUGUGGGUGAUUUUUCCUAAACAUUGGCUGCAUAACAUUUUUCAUGAGCAGAUCGAGUUUGCAGACAAGCUGCACUACUUUAAACAAGUUUUCUAUUUGACAUGCAUUAGAAAAGGAAUCCCUAUCUACUUUCCAGUACAGAGCUUUGAAGUGGUCAAGAUUGUUGCCAGUUGCAGGUUCACCUCGUCUAACUGAAGUAUAACUAAUUUAAUGAAGUUGCAUCCUAGUAAGCAGUUCUCAUUUCAGGUCCUAAAUCUGCAGUGAGCACCACACAGGUGGAUCCCUAUACCCACACAAAGCCCACUAACUUCACCCACAUAGAGUUGAGUGCAGGAUCAGUACCAUAGUGUUGUGGGAAGAGUAGUGGACCCAAGGACAAGGGGUUAUGCAGCCAGACAUGUCACUUCUCUCCCACCAGGAAAUACGUUUGCUUCAUAUGGGAUUUGUCGUGGUUCUUAUGGCUGCCAUUGAUAUUGUUCUCAUUCAUGCUCUCUUGAAAAGGGUGACUCUUCUAUAAUACAGCAAUUAGCACUAAUUACCCUUUCACCAAAGAGUCAGAGCAAUUCCAAUCCAUUUGUUGAAAUGAUCGGUAUCUGCUGUGCCACUUAUACAUGAAAUGAAUAGAAUAAAGCUAGUUUAGUAACUAAAAAUUAUGUUCCUUUCUAUACAUUUGGGGUUUUAAAGAAUUAGAAGGCAUUUGACUGAGAAGUGUAGAAGCAGUAAUGUCUUUCUGGGUAGUAAUGUCAGGUGAUUUUAGCACAGAGGCAUAAGAAUUGGCAGGGAUUACACCCUUGGCAAAGGUUAACUUUGCUUGGACAAUUUAUGGAGGCCAGUGAGGGACAGCAUGAUGCUGGCCUGGUUUAUAAAGCAGUUACGUCUAAUAUAUAUUCCAUACAGUGAGAAUUUCCUUUGAUCAUUCAGUUUGUUAGUCAAAUUUAGCACUGGCAUAAGCGGACUCAGGUUCCAUUGGCUGUUUUAAUGGGAAAAAGGGAGUGAAAUGAAAGGCUGGUCCGUUGACUCUACUACUUGCCAUAUUAUGAGAAGUACCUUUGAAUAUCGUCCACCUUUCCUUUGGUCAAGACAUUUGUUUGUUUUCCUUGCCUCUGAUUGCCUUUAUGUAUUUGCACAUCUUAACAAUGAGCAUUUCUUCAAAAAUAACUUAUUGCAGUUCUGCUUAACCCCCUGAGUGCCAGACUAUGCAAUAGAACGACUUUCCAGUUUCAUGUCAUAGGUUCAUGAAACAAAGGACUGUUUUCUUAAGCAAUUUAAGGUUCUCAUUUGGUAAGCAUUUCUAGGGUCCCUCCUUGAGAAGCUUGUAAUCUUCCAGCGAACAUUGGAGAUGAGAUUGCAAGCGCAAAUGCAAGAGAAAUAUUUUUGCUGUCAGGAAUGUGUGUUUGUUCUUCAGUGGGAGGGGGCAGAAGAAGCUAACUUUUAAAAAAUAGUAGCUUCAUUGAAAGCUUUAUUACUGACUUCAUGAAUUGCUUUCUUUGGAGAUCAUGAUCCUAAUAUUUAGACAUUGAGAGGUCAGAUUCUCAGCUGGUGUAAAUUAGUAUGGCUGUAUCAGCUUCGUUGAAGCUGUGCUAAUUUACCAGAGCUAAGGCUCUAGCUGCGAGUGUCUCGCCAGGAACACAGAACAGAAUUGAGUUUGUUAAAGCUUUCUCUGACCGUUGAAUUACCCUGUUGGAAAACUAAGUUCACCAAGGAAGAGGAAAACAGUCCUUUGAGAGUAUGCCUUCACUUCAAAAUUAGCCCAGGCAUCCUACUCUGGGCACCUGUGUUAGUGUAGACUGGGUGUGAGCAGCCACACUGCCCUCCCCCCCAUGUGUCGCUGGAACGGCUGGGGGCAUGGCAGGUGGUGCUGCAGUAAGCUGAGUUGGUCUGAUUCUUUCCCAGGGAAUUGUGGAAGAGCUUGUCCGUCAUUGUGAGCACACAGCAGGUGGGGUGAGGGGAACAUGGGAAGGUUCUGGAGAAUUGACAGGCUCUAACCCACAUCCCUAGCUGUGCACGUAGGUUUUUGUGUGUGAACAGGAGGGGAGUUGGGGCAACACUUGAAAAAGAACGCUGGCUGACUCUGUAGUGAAGACAUACACUGAGAUGGGUGGGUGUGUCUUUAGCCUGAUUUUCCUUUUUAGCAGUUGCUUUUAUCAAAGGGCUUGUUUCUCUUCUUGCCAGCGAAGGAGGCUUUAACAAGCCCCAAAAUGAAAUAGCCCAGAUCAGAUGUGGACCCAGAAUUCCAAGCCCCAUGUUGGUGGAAGCGUAUUUAACUGAAAUAAUAGAUUCACGCUGCUGGGCCCUCAGAGCCUUCUCAUAAGGCUCUUUAACUUAGGCUGGGAGCGGGCAAGUGUUAUGGGAAGCUCCUCUUGCUUCCUUAAAUUUCAUCCCCUCUUUCCCACUCUUUUUGCCAUCUUUUUUUUAUGCUCCUCCACCACUACCUCGACACAAAAAAUUGCCAGUCAUUUAAAAUCCUGUAUGAUUGAUAAUGAGCAAAUAUUCUGAUUGUUUAAAAAAGGGUUUAGGAGAGGUUCCUGCGAGUCAUAAUAUCAGUUUGGAAGUCAGAGCUACAGUGCAAUAGAAUAUUGAGUAAGAAUUCACAGAGUAUGGCGUAAAAUGAAAAUACCAUGUAAUAUCACAUGGCAUUACCAGUAAAUUGUGAGCUAGCUGCAGAGAAUAUAACUGUGGUCGCAACAGAGAGAGCUCUGUAUGCUCAGGAACAUUACAUGUAAUCUUUUUCUUCCCAUAAGUUCCUUUUAUUUUAAAGGAAGUUGCCAAUAGAAAAUGACCUGGAAAAACUUUAUGGACUUGGCCUUAUUUAAAACACAAAGUUGAUAAAAUACCCUCAAGAAGAACCCCACUAAAGUACAAUGAUUAUGAAAAUGGGAAAACAAAAUUCAGAUUCAUUAGGAUUUAACCCAGGUCUUUUAGAAUUGGUUCAUGAAGGACUUUGGCACUAUCAGAAGGUAAAAAACACUAGUAAAAUAUACUGUUUGUGUGAACUAACAGAGGUUGGGGUAGGAAAAAGCUACUCAUUAGCAGAAGAAAGCAAACUGCAACCAUAUAUCAAAAGGCAAUUCUGUGAUCUCUGAUGGCUGGGUCUGUAUGGGAAAAAUGACUGGAUUCUCAGGAGUUUUUCCUAAGCAAAUCUAUAAAAUCUGUAACUCUGGCUGUGUCAUGAUUCAGUUACCUCUCUUGUUUUUCCCUCACCAUAUUGUGGUUUUUCAUGCCCUAGUUUUCCAAUUAUCAUGGAACAAGGAUAUGUAGUGGAAGCAUGAAGGAAGGAAACAGACUUUGAACUGCAGUUUGGAGGUGGCAUUUAGAAGUUUUGCUUUUUUCUAGGUAGCCUGAAGUCUUGAGUCGGCACUUUUUUUUUUUUUUUUUUUUUGUCUUCCCUAGUUCAUAGAAUUCAAUUUGAAAACAAAUAGGAUAAAAAAAAUAGGCUUUUGAUUUUUAAAACUGUAUAUAUUCAGUGUAGAAAAGUGCAUUCUUCAUUCCCCCUCUCCUCCCCAGUCCCCAAAACACACACACACACAGAUUGUAUGUGUGUGAAUUAGAUACAUAUGUUGAACUUGGUCUAGUAAAACAAACGUGUUUCCCACCUUCAGUCCCCACUGAAGUAAACUGUGGAUAGGUAAUGCUCCCAAAUCUCUCCUGGAAAACUUUAACUGUGAUGCAGAUGGCUCUAAUGCAGCCGACUGCUACACCAUUGCUUAUAUUUUGGAGUAGACUGAUUUACCCUGAAAUGACUUUCUAACCUGCGUCUUAAAAAAUACAAUUGGUUCCAGUGGAAAUAGAUCCAUUCUGAAGUGAUAGACAGUUUGGCUCUCAUACAAAGUACAUCUAUUUCGAAGGGGUUGAACCAGUUUCUCUGAACAGUGAUAAUUUUCACUGUACAGUUUUGGGUAUGUCUCAGGGAUUCCUUGUGGAAAUAAGGGCAGUUAACAUAAAAAGUAAAUAGUUUUAAAAGUAAAUAAUAAUUUAAGGUAGAGCUUCAUCUAAAUGAGAGUGCAAGAAAGAGAAAUCUUGUUGAGUUUUGUAGUCCAUGGUGUCUGGCUUAGGGCCUUUUUCUCUUCUCGGGGUGCUCAUCUCAAAUUCAACAUACAGAAUCUUUGUCCAUCACGCUCAGCUUUAAAACUUUUAUUUAAAGAUACCCUUCCCCAAUGAGCUUUCAGAAUACUUAUUGUAGAUUUUAAGAGAAAAGGUAUAUUAAUUUAUGCUAUUAACAUCACCUCAUAAAUUAUAAGUUUUAUACUAAAGCUGUAUUGAGUGUAAUGAAUUAUGUUGCAUAUGUGUUUUUAAUAGCUAUAAAAUUAUAUACAAGCUUUUUUGGAAAAACAAAAACUAGUAAAGCACCUUUUUACACUGGAUCUUUGCCGUGUCAAGGUGUAUAGCUAUUCUUUGCUACCUUGCAGAUAUAUAAAAAUAAAAUGGUAUCCUGUAUCAACAAAACAUAGAUCUCUUGUUAACCUGUCCAUAUAUUACUGCUCCUAUAACGGUUUUAUUUUUUUAAUUUUUUUUUUUUUUUUACUACAUCCUGCAAUAAUUUAUCUGUGGUUUGUACCAGUAAUGGUUAGAUGUUUAGUUACAGGGUAAAUAGAUCAAAUUAAAAAUCCAACUACUGAAGCUGGAAGUUGUGAACCAAGUUUUUAAGAACUUUUUUUUUUUUAAUGUAUUUGUUUCCAGUUAUGUGAGUUGGAAUUUGACAAGACAGAACAUUAAAUCUUGGAAUCCACAGUGUCUUAUUCAGGAACUUUUCCCCCCUCCUUUCCUUACAAAGGAAUUCCCACUGUGACUUAUAAAUAGAAUUAGACGGCUUGUGUGCAUGUAUGUAUUAUAUACACACACAAAAAUAUGCAUUUUGGGGGGGCUGUAUGUGUGAUAUGAAUGUGUAUACUGUACGUAGGUCAUAGUUUUUUGUAAAGAGAAAAGUAGUUGAGAGGUGAUGGAAUGUACUUGUAGAAAUGUGAUUAUUUAGAAGGGGGUUACUCUGUCCUCACUAUUGUAAACCAAACUGUCUCUGCUACAUAGUCUUCUGUUAUAAGGCUAACUCUGAUAUCAUGUUGAUUUUAUUCUUUUUAAUUGAAUUGCAUUGAGCCCUGUUAAAAUGUCAUGAAAAUCCCAGGUUCCCAAGACAGCCUUAAAAAAAGGAGGGUGAGUUGUAUUCUUAAAGAAAAUUUUAAAAUGAGAUUAUUUAUAUUUAGGGUGGUGAGAUAUAGGAAUUAAUGUCCAUUUUCAAGUUAAUACCAGAAUCUCUCAUACUCUGACUUUAGAAUAUGUCGUCAGUCAGUCCAUCCUUGUGUUUUCAGGUUAAAAAAUAUUGAGACGAGUGGGUUUGUGGUGUUUUUUUUUUUGUUUGUUUUUUUUUGAACCAGUCUCCAUUCUCUUUAAAGGGUUUCAUUUUUAAAGUUAUCUGAUUUGUUUUCCUAAAGGGGUCUGUUAUUUUAAUUUUAACCAAAAUGUUACUUCUGGGGACUUACAAAUGUAUACAAAACAAAAUUUACUUCCAAUCCUGAGAGUUUCGUUUGUGCUGUGAAUUCUAAACUGAAAUAUGGGUAUUUAAAUUUAUUCAUAAUUUGAGAGGGAAAUUAUAUAUCUGUAUGGGAGUUCUUACCUGAGAAACAUAGGAAACCCAAAACAUUCCUACUUAUUCACCUUGUCAUCCUGAUAUUCAUCAUUACACCAUCCAGGCUGGAGAGAGUAAAAUCCUAAAUGAUGCACGUUCUGUUGCUGUUAGUUUGAAUCAUGAAAAUUCUGAAACUUUAAAAAUCUGUUUAUUAGAACAGAGCUUCCAGUGUUACAGAUAUUUCCAAUUUGUUUUGGGCGACUUUUUUCCUUAAAAAAUAGUUGCAAAUCCAGACCUUUUUUAUGUUGUUGAACUAGGGUUUUUUUGCAUCCCCAGCCUUUCAAAUAUGUUUUUUUUUUUAAAUGAUAAUUCUUGUACAGAUGCCUACAAAAGAAGGGCAGGGAGGUGGAAGUUGUCUGAGGCCUUUUCCUCCCAUUAGUUGAUCAUAAUGGGAGUUACCAGCAUAAACAAUUUUAUGCAUUUAUGGGGAAGAAUAGAGCCCUCUUGUGUAUAUCUAUAUAGAGAGAUGUAUAUGAGAUCUGGGUAGCACUUUGCUGAACGUGGAUUUGCCCUCAUGAUGUGCAGUACAUACAUAUGAGUGCAGCAGAUCUAAAUCUGUAUAUACAUACAUGAAAUGUACAUACAUAUCUCAGACACACAAUACAUAUUAUGUGUGUGUGAGCGAGAUCCAGAUAUGUAUAAUAUCCACAGAGUGCAUGUUUAACCAUGAAGCAAUUGUCACAAAUGAAGUUAUAGUUCCAGUGAGGAAUUUGGAUGGCGUAAAUUGCUGACUUCAGUGUUGUAACUAUUGAUCUUGUUACCUGAACCCUCAAGAUGGAAUUUCCUGGUACAUUUUUGCUUAUGUUUAUACUAUAUUAAUGUUUUGUGAGGCCUCUUCCAAUACCCACCUCUUAUGCUGCUCUACACCAUUAUCUUCAUCCCAAUUAAUCUCCUACCCCAGCAUUUCAAAAUCAAACUUCCAUUAGCAGUCAGCUUUAGAGCCUGAUCCAGUUCUCAUUGUACUCAGUAGGAGUCUGAUUGACUGCAAUGACAGCUGAAUCAGGCCCUGCACACGCACACACUGCUCUCGCGAUUGUUCAUGUAAAUCCAGAAUUUCAAUGUGACUGUGGUGAUUUUUGUUUUGCGAUGUGAACUGAAAUACUUUUUGAAAAUGAUAUGCAAAGCUGUUCAGUGUCCCAGAAUGUUAAGUCAAACGCAUGUUGAGUUAAAAAUUCAGAAUUCUAAAACAAAAUAGUAAAAAUUCAGGCCUUCCUUUUACUUUCCUGACAAAAGGAGAGUUCCACCUUCUGAAUCCACAGAUGCUUAAAGCAAUGCUGAGAAUGCAGCUUUGUUCUAGGUAUUGGUGAUUUCAUCAAAUGUCUUGAGAAAUGCGGAUCUCUAAAUUCAACCUUAGAGACUUUAAAAAAUAAAUCACGGUUACCCUUUAAGAUAUUUGAAUUAAUAUGUUCAGUCUACUCAUGUAUUAAAUUAUUGGACUUUUUCAAAGAGUUUUUUGUAUUUCUUGUUUUAAAACAGUAUUUUAGUUCACCUUUUUAAGCGAAAUCUGGAUUCAAUAACCUUUUAACAGAAAGUGACAGUUAAAAGUCUGCUCCUGGCUAACCAAUAUUUUAGUUUUUCCAGUUCUGUUUUCAAGUCUUAUUGCUUUCAAUAUUUUUAAUAUUUAUUUUGUCACAAUUCAGCUGUGGAAUUUUGUCUUACAGACAAUUCUGUAGGAAAAUGUAACCUUAUGGUAAUGUUUCUUCUGCUCUUUCACAUGAAGACUUCUGUAAUACAUAUGUUGGGGCAUGUGUAUGGGUAUAUCGGUGUGCUGAGUGUGUGUGUGUGUGUGUGUAUUACACACAGUAUUUCAAUUUACAUAAACGUGGAGAACACAUUCGUAGGUUCCUGAUAUGUACUCAUGCAUAUGUGUAUUAAACAUGUAUAUAGAGUGUAGAUAUAUUGCAUAUACACAUGUAUAUGUGUGAAUUUUGGUUGGCAGUUUUUUACAUUUAGCAAAAUGCUGUCCCUUAUGGAAUACUUUCACUGAAACUGCAUUUAUAUAUAAUGAACAGAAAAUAAUCAAAAUUUUAUUUAAAAAGGAGAUUCUUAAUUAUCCAAAGUCAUUUGAAUAGUCUUUUUAACUAGAAGGAGGUUAUUAUAAAAAACCUACCAUUCAUCAUAAAGGCAUCGGAAAGAAAUUAAGACACUAGUUUCUAUGUUUUUUGUUCUUUUUGGUUUUUCUGAAGCCAAGGCAUACGGUAAUCAGGGAUUUUCCUUUCUGUUCAACUAAACUGCAGAAGACUCAGAUUUUCCUUAAAAUGUUCCUCCUCCAGAUUUUCUCUCCACAAAUAUUUUUGCAUUGUUUGCCUCAUACAUUCAAUAAUAUUGAUUUUACUAAGGAGGCUUUAAUAUUCUCCCAUCUUUGCAGGAAAAAUGUCAGUUCAUUAUUAUAUCCAGUGUCGUAGCCAUAUUAGUCCCAGGAUAUUAGAGAGACAAGAUGAGUGAGGCAAUAUCCUUUAUUGGAGCAACUUCUGUUGGUGAGAGAAAUGACUUCUGAGUUUACACAGAACUCUUCUUCUAGGAAACUUACUUGGAGUGUCACAGCUGAAUACAAGGUGGAACACAUUGUAUAGCAUAAGUAGUUUCAUAUUUCAAGGGACCAUUCAAGGUGAAGUGGCCUAUUAAAACCCCUCCAGUCAUUGGGGGGAGAGGAGGGGGAAGUUAGUGGGUUAUACAUUGUUGUAAUAAGCCACAAAUCUAGUGCUCUAUUCAGUCCAUGAUUUUUAUUGUCUAGCAAAGUUAUGUAUUUAAGCUCCCAGGCUCAUCAUUUGAAAGUGUUGUACAGGUUUCAUUGGAGGAUGAAGACUGAGAGAUCAGACAUAGAGUGAGCACUUUGUGAAAAGUUUCUGCUCACAAGUGAUAGGGUGUUUUUUGUCUUUUAUCAGUUUUGUGUAUGAGGUCAUUCAAGAGCGUAGUGAUUGUCUCAUUUCGUUUAAUGCCCCAGUAACAUCUAUGUAGGUGAAAUGAGACAAUCACUAUGUUCUUGAAUGAACUCACACAGAAAAGUAAAGACAAAAACAUCAUGUUACCUGUGGGUGAACGCUCUACACAAAGUGAUCACUGCAUAUCUAACCUCUCAGUACUCUGCCUCGAAGGAAACCUGCACAAGAUGAGUCUGGGAGUUUAAAUUCAUAACUGUGCUACACACUAACAAUCAUGGACUGAAUAGAGACAUUGGAGUAAUCGCAUUUAUAGAUUUACAGUAACCUAUAAUCAACUAACAGCGCCCUACAGCUUUCAUGGAGAGGUGUUAACAGGCUACCUCACCUUGAAUGGUCCCUUAGAAUAUAAGUUAACUACUUAUGCUGAACAACCUGUUCCACCUUUUAUUUAGCUGUGGUACUCUGAGUACAUUUCCCAGACCUGAAGAAGAACUGUAUGCUCAAAAGCCUGUCCUUUCUCACCAACAGAAGUUGGUCCAAUAAAAGAUAUUACCUCACCCACCUUGUCAGCUCAUCAUUAUUCUAUUACUCUUUUCAUUCCAUGUAGAGGGUGAAUUUCUCAUGAAGAUGCCUGGAGUCAAGCUUUUAAUUUAUUUAAUUUGAAAGGCCUUCAGCAGGAAGGAACUGUGUUUUUUUUCAACGAAUUUCUGUAGUUGUUUCUUCACCAUCAUGUACUCCCCCCCCCCCCAUCUCCGAAUAGUAUGUCUGUGGACAGGUAGGGAAGAAAUGAAGGACACAAGUAAAAUAUUGUUCGUUUGAACAAUUAGCAGUAAAUAGCUUUAUCUACAUUUACUGGAAAAGAAGAAGGCAAAUGGACAAUGUGAAACGUUGAAAUGUUUCUGGCUGUCCUAAAGAAGUUGGUGUUUGUGUCAUUUUAAAAGGUCACUUGAUUGCAGCUUGAUAUCAGAAACAGCCUUGUGACAAAGAGUCUCAUAGCAAUUGUUUGGUCGCUAAAGUUUAAAAUGUAAACGAGUUGCAGUGGGAAGGCAAAGGUGAGGCAGUGCAUUUUGAAGCCCGUGAAUCACAGCUUGUAAAUCAUAACUGAUUUUGAAAUAACUGCAUGGUAGCAAGGACUAGCAGUCUCUACACCCCUCUGAUUGUUCAUGCCCCCAACACACAAAUGUGUUUAACAUGCCAUACACUGGGGGGCGGGAAAUAACCUACAAAUAAAUACAUAACUGCUUAAAGGGAACAUACAAACUUGCACUGCUGUAUCCUCUAUCGUGAUAUUAGCUAGAAGACUAGCUAAUAUGCAAAAAAAACAACAACAACAAAAAAAACCCAGUCCAGUUUGCUUCUGCAGAUACAUUGCUUUUAAAGAAUAUGGUGGAUGGGGAUGCUUGAGAAGAAUAGUCAUUUCACAUACAGUCCAGCAUCAAUAGAAACUUACACUAAUGCUUUUAAGUGCUGGAGCACUUGAGGACAGCAUUCCAGGGGUGGGUAGCCAGGUUGGUGUUUGUACUUUCCCUUUAAAUAGGAAGAGUUAGCUCACAUGUUCCUCAUUCUUCUCAAUGAAUGUACUGUAUUACCAUUUUAAAAAAAAAUCAAUGAAAAGAAUAGAUUGGUCUCCUUUUGUUAUCUGGUCCUUGUUUAAUUUGUUUAAGGGUUUUUGUAUACAAAAGUUUACAUUUUUAUGUAUAUUUUUCUUGUGUAAAAACUGAUGUAAUAUGUGUAUAAAACACUGUAUGUAUUAUCUGUAUAUAGUGUGACAAAAUGAUUUUCUUUCUUUCUUUUGGAUGUAUUAAUAAAUCUUGCUGUGAA